AUGGCAUUUUAUCAUAAAUGCAUAAGAUUCAGCUCUUUUUUGCCAUACAAACCAAACCUUUUUCUCAUUAGCAAACGAUCAUUUACAAAUGAAAUAUUAAAGCAAAAAGUAAAUAUUGAUAAUAUUGAUAGAAUGCUAUUCAGUAUAAAACAAUCUCAUAAUUUUGCAUAUGUGGCCAAUGAAUUCAAGGAAAUUUUGGAUCACAAUAGACUUGAUCAUAAACAGCUCGUGUAUGCCACUUAUAUAGCUCAUAUAAAUUAUAAGAACAAUCAAGAAUUUAUGCAAGUAGCUUUGAAAAAAAUAGAAAAUGAGCUAGCAGAGAAAAUUAAUGAGUUCCCUUAUGAUUCCAGGUGCACCAUUAUAAGAAAUUUAAUGGAAGCGACUAAAAAAGGAUAUAAUUUAUCAAACAAGGAGCUAGGAAAAGCUAUUUUGGCUUCAAUUUUUAUUGAAAAAGAUAAACCAAAAUAUUCGAAAUUAUUGUUCAGUGUGGCUUUAAUGACACAUAAUUUUGAGGCUCUAGGUCUUGAUUAUAAAAGUAAAUUCAAAGAGCUUGAACCAUUGCUAACCCCUGAAUUUCUUGAUAAAUUAUGUUUGAAAGAUUUAUCGAUUCUCCUUUCUGCUUUCAAGCUUUAUUACCAAAAAAUCUUUCAUAUUGGCUAUCGUAUUGUAAACCCUAUGCCACUCUUCGAAAACUCUGAAAAAAUCAUCUUAAAAUCCAUUACAAACACAACAAAUGCCAACGAUUUAUACUGAAUCCUUUUUAGUUACAUUUCCCUCAACACAGGCACAGAAGAUUUUAUUCGGCAUUUAGAAAGCCUUAUUCUUCCAAGACUGCACGAAUUAACACAAUUUAACUUCAAUGGCUUUCCUUUUCUAUAUAAACUCCGAUAUUCCUCAGACCAGAAAUACAUAAUAUACGUGAUAUGAAAAGCUUAUUAUGAAGAAUUGAUUAAUAGAUUUCCUAAAUUAUCUGCAAAGGAUAUGUCAGUAGUAAUAUACCGCAUGUGGUGGUCUUCAAGUUUGCAUGGGUUUUAUUGUGACUCACGGCUAAUUUCACUAUUACAAAAUUUUUUAAAUGAAGAAAGAUUUAUACUUUCUUUGCCUGAAAGAGAUGGAUAUAGAGGUUUCCUCUAUAUAGCGCUAAAAGCGCAGACAUUUUCCCAGGAGCUUUCCAAGUUCGUCGGACCAAAUCGCUUUUUGGUCCGACAAAGCAUUGAUUUGGUGCAACCUACCGAUAAAUUCCGAUCAGAAUUUAUCGGCCUUACAGCGCCAAACAUAGGAAACUUCUAUAUGAGCUUGUCACAAAUAUUUCUGCAUUUUUGACACAUGCUGCGUUUAUGGACGACGAAAAUGUUGUAUCGAGAAUUUCUGAUCUACUUAUUAAAUUACAAAAAGGAGCCACAGAUAAACUUGUAAUGUCGUCGACUAAUAUAAUGUCUAGGCACUUGAAUGUCCCCAAUCGCUUUUGGGACAUUUUUCUAGAGAGAUUUCCGAGCGUUUCUCGAGCUGGUUCUCAUGAAAAUGACUGCUAUUUGUUCUCAAUUUAUUUAAAUGUGACAUUAAAUAAUGCUGAAAUGAAAGGAAAAUUUAAGAUUAGAUUGAAGAUCGUAUUUAUAGUCCCCAAUUCAAAGCCUACGCAUUCUGCAGCGACUGCUGCAGGGUGGGCUCCUUGAAGGCGUCUUGAGCCUGGGCCGAAAACCUCGGUUUCUCGGUAGUGGCAUUUUCUUCCUGACCUGGGUCAUACGAAUUUUGACGGGAAUCACCAUUUCCAACUCAAGGCUAGAAUGACCCAACCCUGCUACAACUUGGCCAGAUCUUUGAUCGGGAUCCUUUUAAUUGGAGAGAUUUGUGCCCUUGAGAUUUCUAGUCGAACUUUGCCUUCCUCUCUUUCCCGGAUUUUUUCCAAGAAAGAACUCAACCCCUUACGGGAUUAGGGGAGAAGCCACCAAGUAGCCUAGGCAGGUAACUCACCCUGCCUCUUUCGGACACCGUCUGGGUCUCGGCGCUACUGGCAAAAAUAAUGCGAAAAACUGCUGCCCGGGUUAGAGCACAAAAUCAGAGGGAAUUGUGCUGGGCCUCUCGCCUCAAGACUAACCCUUUCCCUUAAGUAGCUCUCCGCAUCCAAAACCACUUCCAGUAUACAUAAGGUGACCUUCACGGGAGGUCAGGUCGCUCGUCUCCAGCCAUUUAUGUAUUGAAAUGAAAGAAAAAUUUGAAGAAAUUUUCAAGCCGAUAUUGCCAAGAAUCAUCAGAAAUUGGAAAGAUUCUUCGACAGAUAUAGCCUGAGCACAUUUAUAGCCCAGGUUUCCCCAUCUUUCCAUAUGGGAAAGAGGGUAGCUGGUUUCACAAACUUAUGUUGGUUAGGUAAACUCCCAUAUGGCAGAAACCAUAUAACAAGUGGUUUUUUCACUUGGAGUUAGCCAGACCAACCCCUUUUUUCCAUCUUGAAAGAUCGGAAAGCCCGAGCCAUAAAGAUUCUCGGGCUAUAGCGUAUCUAGCAAAAAACAGGGCUACCUUCAUAAAAUUGUGGAGGAUAUUUUGAAAAAAAAUGAGAUUAAGUAUGAAAAGGAAUUUUAUGAUGACUAUUAUAUUGAUUUAGCUUUGCCUGAUUAUAAGCUAGCGAUAGAAAUAGAAGGGCCGAAUCAUUAUAUUUAUCCAGCAACAAAGAUUAAUGGAAAAACUUUAAAUAAAAUUAGGAAUUUAGAGAAAAAAGGGUGGAGGGUCUUGCAGUUAGCAUUUUAUCAUUAUAGGGAGUACAAUAUAGAGCAGAUGAUAAAAGAAUGCGUUCGUGUAUGCUCUCCAAUCAAGUUUUAA